AUGUUGAUUGGAUCGUCUUUAGGAAGUGAAUUUACGCCAUUGUCUACAGCACCUUGGAGCAUGGAACCGCCUCCGAGGGGUCCAAUGACCGGUGGAAACUCACUUCCGCCGCCAUCGAGCAUGCAAUUAUCACCAACGGUUGGACUCUCACCUAAUCUCCCAUCUCCGGGCAGCGUACCAUCAUCCAAUUUUUUAGCAGCCGCCGCAGCAGGCAAUACACCAAAUGCACACACCUUAGGAGCUCUCGUAUCGCAGCACCGACUCCUCGAACUAUCGAGAUUUGGCUUGCGUGGUUAUGAUUUGGCGCAGCACAUGCUUAGUCAACAGGGCGCUGUCUCAAAAUUGUUAGGUACAUUAAGGCCUCCAGGUUUAAUUGGGGGAUCAAAACCAAAAGUAGCGACGCCAGCAGUUGUUUCCAAAAUUGAACAGUACAAACGUGAAAAUCCAACCAUUUUUGCAUGGGAAAUUCGGGAGAGGCUAAUAUCGGAAGGUGUUUGCACGAACGCAACUGCUCCCUCAGUUUCCUCCAUUAACCGAAUUUUGAGAAAUCGUGCGGCGGAAAGAGCUGCUGCGGAAUUCGCGAGAGCUGCUGGUUACGGAUUGUAUCCUCCGCCUCCUUAUGGAACGUUUCCAUGGCCCUCAGCAGCGGCGCAUUUAUGGCCUCAAGGGCCCGGAUUGCCCGGAAUGAACUCUUCAGGGUCGAGUUCAACGCCCGGCACUGUUGGUUCACCCGGAUCGGGAUCUCAUGAGACUCUUGGGUCGCCCGAAGCGAAUAGAAUGAUAGAUAUUGAAGGAGAAGAUUCUUCCAGUUUAGAUGGCGAUCAACCAAAGUUCCGACGCAAUCGCACGACUUUCAGUCCCGAACAACUCGAGGAGCUGGAAAAGGAGUUUGACAAAUCGCAUUAUCCGUGUGUCAGUACGCGCGAAAGAUUGGCAGCCCGUACCACGUUGAGCGAAGCACGUGUUCAGGUUUGGUUUUCCAACAGACGGGCGAAAUGGCGACGUCACCAACGCAUGAAUCUGCUAAAAAGGUCUUCGUCACCCAGCUCAAGGCACUCCAGCAGCACCAACAACAACAACAACACAUCGGCAGCGGGAACCGCUUUCACCCCUGGCUCCCCCGUACACCAAGCGCAAACUACGCAGCAACAGCAACAUCAGCAGCAGCAACAACAAAAACAAGCAGCAGCAGCCCAGCUCAGUCAAACGCUGCAAGCAACCCAACAAGCAAUAGCAGCAAGUCAAGCAGCCACAUUAGCCACAGUAUCAGCUCCAUUAUUAAUGGGCGGUGAACACAGUGCAUUCCGGAGUCUUGUACCGUCGUCGGCAGCUGCCCUCUUUGCGGCAUCCGCACAAUUAGGCCUUGCCCGAUCACUCGCGGCGGUAAGUAGAGCCAAUAAUUUGAAUAAUAACUCGCCCAGUCCGCAUCACAGCGACUCUGAUGAGGAAAUUAACGUGCACGACGACGACGAAUCCGACGUCGAAGUUGUACAUAAUAAUCACAAACGCGAAAAAUUGUCUCCGCAAAAGGAGAAAGACUUUGAAACGCGCUCCUCGUCACCGCUCCAACUCACAACGACGACCAAAUCCUCCCGCAAUUGAUACGAAACACGGAAAUAUUGAGCAAUUAAAUGAUAUUUAUAUGUGCAAUUUGUUUAAAAUUACAAUUUUUGCUCCUACUGCAUUACAAUCGACAAUUGAAGAAAAGAGAAAGACAAAA